AAUAAAUCGCUUUUCAGCUUGCUUCUUUAGUUUUUCUUGCGAAGGAAAAGGUUCGAAAAAGUUCAGUUAAAAGGAGCACUUUAGCAGAAAAAUGCCCUUACCAGCCAGAAUAGGUAGACCUCAUGAGGUAAGUAAACGUUUAUUAACCCUUUUUAUCUCCAACGUUGGUUUUUACCGCAAAAUAGUAAAGACGAUUUGUGACACAGCUGUUGAUGGUCGGUACCGCUAAAACUAAAUGUGCUCUUUAUUUACCAUACAUUCAUUCAUUUGUACACACAAAACCCCUUUUACAGUACUACAAGGCAGGAGAUCAAGAAAGCUAAAUCCUCCGCAGGUUUUAAUAUAAGUUUAUUUUCAUUUGGAAAAGAGCUUUUUUAACAGAGUUUAUCUAUAGUACUGUUAUAGUUAAAUAUAGAAAAAUUAGGAAAAGGUAUGUGAGGCAUAAACUAUGGAUAUAAACUACAGGUACUUUCAAACUGCAUCAAAAGUCAAUUCCAGCUUUGGUGCUCUAACCGGGAGAUCGGGAGAUUUGAACACUGCCCCCCACCCCCACCUUCACUCUGGGCUGAACCCCGGAUAUAAUAAUUAAUUUCUAUUGCCUUAGAUGGCAAAUUCCCUGGGGCGGGACUCUUGAGCUGUCAAAUCAUCCCCUGGGGUGGGGACAAAAAAGAGAACAAAUGCCCCGUCCUCCAUGAACACUGCAACACUUUUCAUUGACCGCAUUGUUGAGUAGUGCCAUUUUAAGCAUUUUCAAUGUGCGAUUUUUUGUUUCAGUUUAUGUCUGCCUUUGUAAUAACACUAUUCUAAUAAUAAUUAUUUAGACUUCACGCCAAGAUGACACCAGUUUAUGGUUUUAGUAUUAUUAUAAAAUUAUUCACAUUACAAUUAAUAUCUCUGCUUAAGUUUUAGUUUUAUCAACUUAAUUAACUGAUUGUUAUUUAUUUCAUCAUUACUAUAUUACAAUUAUUUAUUACCUUAUUUGCACAUAUCAUUUAUUCAUUUUUGUUCUUGCACUUUGCACUGGAAUUUGGGUUUUACCAUCAAAACCCUGCUUAUUUUCCUGAAAUAUAUCUUUAAGUUUAUUUUUGUAACAGCUCAACCAGCUUCAAAUGGCAUUUUCUGGCAGAAUUUAAGGCCAAGUCAGAAAAUGUUAUUGCUUACAUGAUAUAGUGGUAUAAGAGGUAGAGUCCAAGUGACCUUGGGUUCUAGUCUUGCCUAAAUUGUGUCUUUGUUGUCUUUCUUUCCCUUAUUUUUUUCCUUUGGCCUGUUUUCCGUUUAUUCCUACUGCUGUUUGACCUUUAACCUGAACUGUAUUCUUGAGAUACCGCAAAAUUAAUUCACUUAAUAUUUCUAGUCUGUAAUAGUAUGUUGUAUUAUUAAAUUUUCUCUUCAUAGAAUCCAGCUGUAGAACCCAUGCAGGUUGAUGUAUCUCCAGAGAGUGAUAACACUCCUCACGAAGAUAAUUUUAUAAUUGAGUCUGCAACUUUGGUGAGUUUUUGUGACUACAUGGUGUGUACCGUAACUGAGAACGUACGUAUAUGAGUGCUCGUGCAGCUAAAGACAGUAAUCUCUGUCUAAGAUGGGCACUGUUCAAAUUGUUGAGCUAAGACUGGAGAAGUGUUUGUUGUUGUUGUUGUUGUUGUUAAAAAUGCUGCUACCCCAAGACUUUUGUCCCUGAUUGUUGUUGUAUCCAAUCUAGGGAAAGGAAAAGUUAUUAUUUUGUUCGGUAUGUUACUGUAAUGCAAGACAAGUUCAAUACUUUUCACAGUCACCCUCUGAUGACCUAAAAUAUUUAAAUAAUGGUCACCAACUGCAUGUAUAACUAUAACAUCAUCUGAUUGUUGGCUAAGUUCUAACUUGUCUUUGAUCAAAAUGACUGCCAAGGCUUAGCUGUCACAAUUCAAGAGGUUUAUAUGUACAGUACUCAAGGUUUUAAUAUCGAGAUAACCAGGGUGAAGCUUAGGUAUAUCUUUUGACAUUAAUAUUAAUCUCACGUUAACUUCAGUAACCUGCAUAGCAAGCAUUUCCAAGCCAGUUAUUGUGGGAAUGUAAGAACAGGAGCAAAAAAAAUGGAAGGGGAGAAGAGGAAACACUUGCCCGCAAACCCCAUGAUUCUGGAGAACGCCCCUUGAUAUUUCACACUUCGGUUCAUUUGCAAAUUGACAGCUUGUCAAGGUAGACACCAGUAUAACAAACAGUCCGAACAGAUUACCAGAGUUGUAAAAUUUACUUUGUUCUCUAAUAAAACACGCUCCACGCAGUUGCAAAAAUUGUAAUCAAGAAGCUUUACAAUGAAAGAAGGUUGAAACUCUGAGCGAUUGCUGCAGAAUUUCCAGUUGUUUUUUAUUGUCAAGUUAAAUUUGGAACUUUAUGAGUGACCUGAACCACUAGUUAAGAAAGUUGUUGCCGCCUCUUUAUAAGAGCAACUAUAAUCUAAGGCGUGCGCGCACUUUUACUUUGCCGCGUUGCAAGACAGUUUUUUUAUGGCCUCUGGGAGAAUUGUAAAUAAUUUUUAGGUUUCUUAUUAUACGUUUUUAGUCUUAGCUAUUACAAUUAUCACUCUUUUUUACAAUUAUUAGUAUAAAUUAUUACCAUUAUGUAAAUACACAAUUCAGCUUAUGCUGCAAUGUAUUUAAUAAAGUACCUACCUACCUACCUACCUAUGUGGCUUUAUCUCAUCUGAGACCUUGUCAAAACAUUGCAAAGAAAUGAUUUGUACAGAACAAUAAUUUUUUUAUUCACUCCGCCAUCUACGAAUUUUGCAGAAUGGCUGCAAUCUGACCUCUCUAGCCCUUGUCGAAAAGUUCUUGUCAAAAAGAAUCUUUUCAUUUCAAAAAGUUGACAUAUCACUUGUCCAUGGCAUCGUGAGCUUGUGUCGAGUACCAAUUUUCUGAUUUAAGUUUAUGUUAUCUCCAACAAACAGUCCAUUUUUCCAGUCAGAUCCGCACGCCGUCGUUUGCAAUAAAUUUGCCAUCACUGAUAAACCUUUGCACAAACAUGAUUGAAAUAAAUAUCAGUCCAAAGCAUUUUUUAUCUGCAACCAGAGAUCAUUUCAGACCAGAUUUGUGACUUACGUAAACAAAACAUACUGGGUUUGAGUGAUGUAUUGAUCACUAUUAAUCAACAGUACCAGCACCGCACCAAUCAGAAGCUGCGUUCGUGGGCAAACACAGUUUUUCAAAAUUGUGGGGUUUUUGAGGCAAACGUUUCCUUCUCUUCCCCCACCCAUCAUUUCUCUUUUUUACUCUUGUCCCAACUUUGUCGACGAACUCGUGCAAAACGCUUGCUAUGCAGGCUGUAACUGAGAAUGGAUUAGAAAAUGACACUGGCACACAAUAUUUUUCAACUUGCCAUGGCAGCCAAAAUGGUCACAGUUUUGGUUGCUGAGUCAUUUUUAAAAAUGUAAAUCGUUAUCUUUUUUGAAUUUUAAUGUUUGAUCAAUUUUAAAAGAAAAAUCAACUAUAAAAAAGGAACAUGACGUUUCAAUGACUCAUUUUAUCAAAUUAAUGAAAAAUUAAUUUUUUGUUGUCUUUCUUGAAUUUUAAUGUUUGAUCAAUUUUAUUAAGGGUAAAACAGAACUUAUGGCUACAUUUUUGCACUUCAACUUUUGUUAUUCCAGGAUCUUGAUGUUUAUGCUUCUAAUUACACUGGCCUCACAAAGCUUAACAGAUUACUCUUUGUUGCUAAGCACUGUCCUGCCCUUGAAGUUGAUGCCCUGAGGUAAAAAAAUUGCUUAUUUCUUUUAAUUCCUUUAAGUUAAUAUAUUUAUACAAUAUGUAAUAAUAACACUAUAUGUAAAUAAGACAACAAUAUUUUACAGUUAUUUGUAAGUUGUUAUGCAUCACUUGAUCUUAUCAACCCCACCAGGCCUACAAUCCUUUCUUUAAAGUUUCACAAAUAGUGGGUUACAGUCACAUGGUGACUGAAUUGAUUCAAUUUGUUUUGAUGUAGGUUUCAUUGGCCUUGUUCUCAAAAAUACACAUUUUGGAGGAUGUUGCUACACUGCACUCAGCUGAUGCUAUUAACCAAUACAUCAGGCAAAACUAUCCAGACUAGAACCCAUAUUAUUCUGUAACUAGACUAGUAUUAAAGCUGAGGGCUGUGUUUUAUUAGCACUCAGUGGCCCCUGCAGGCACCUUACUUUUGCUCUUGGGCUAUUAGGAAAUGUUAUUUUUUUCGUAGAAAUCCCAAGUUGGGCACCCUGGAUCUCACAGGUUCAGAGAAUUGGGCUAAUCCCUUCAAUUUUUCUUAGAGCGCAGCCCUGAACUUUGUUUUUCAAUGGUUUUAGUGCACAUUUCAUAAUAAAUAAAAUGAAAAAAGAUCUCUUUAUGUAUAUUUUGCUUUGGCAAAAGGCAGCACUGUAGAGUUGUUGAUUGUAAUAACAUGAGUUAACUUUCAGGAUAGCCUUGAAUUAUGUCAAACAAACAUUCAAUGUGCAGUUGUACCAGGAGAUCAUCACAAGAAUGACUGAAGCCUGGUUAGUAUGACAGGCUACUUUGAAUUCAUUUAUUUCUAUGUAAAAUUAAAAUGUUAACAUUUAUUUAUCUCCUGAGAAUUCUUGUACGCAAUCAUGUACAUGUAUACGGUAUGGGACAGAAUUAUGAAUGUUGUUAAUUACUCAAACUGAACAGUGAAAAUCUUUAGAUAUCUUUUUACCUGGAAAAUGGACUGAAAGAGUGCUGAAGGAACUGAAGUACAUAGAAUUAUUAUUAUUGUUAUCACAAUGUUAAAAUGUUUCUUGUCUUUCAGCUCUCGAAGUGAACUUGAUCCUCCUCCCAUGGACACAACAUGGAUGGAGACUACAAGCAAAAAGGCUGCAUUAAAGGUACUAAACUCAUGCAAGCCCUGCUAGGCUGCCUUCCAAUUCAGGCUUCCCCAUCACCAUCUUUUUCAGUAUUUAUACAACCUGUAAAUUAUGUGACAAAAACAAAUAAAUCAAUCAAACCAAGAUGAGCACCUGCACUUUAACUACAUGUUGCUGUUGUGAGAAAAAUUCAUUUUCCUUCAGCUUGCUUACUUAUUAUAAGGUACAUAAAUGAUAAUCUCUGUUUCUGACAAUCUUCAUCAAAAUAUGCUAAAACCAGGGGACAUGUGCAUGGUGUAUGCCAUCAUUAUCAGGGCCAGUUUGAUCAAACCUGGGUUAAGAUAACCCAGGGUUAGUGCAAAAUUUGAAUGCAGAUAUGAAAGCUUAAAAAGAACAUUCAGUUUAGUAUCUUGGGAAAUGCUUUUGAACAAACAAAAAAGAAACCGGAACUAAAAUUUAACCCCGGGCUAGUGCUAAUUGGCCUUUGAACAACUGGGUCCAGAUCUGUAAUUUCCAUUUUUUUAAGUUGUUGUUUUAAAUCACCUUUCUACAACUUGUAUACUGUAAUGAUGCAAAGUGUACACUGUGUGUGACUUUUGGUAAAAGCAGAAACUCAUAAGGGGUUGAAACAUGUAACUCUCAUAUGUUUGCUUUGUCCGAUGCUCGUGAUUAUUCAUUUUCGAAAGUACCAUAUUUGGAACGUUUAGAAGAGAUAACUGACCAAUCAACGUAAUUUUCCUUCAGGUCCCCGCGCCCGCUUAAAAAAAUGGCCGACAAACUGGAGGAAAAACUCCCGAAAGCCGAGAAAGCUUUCAAAGGUUGAAACCAGGAAUAUUACCGAAACACUGAGCAGGAUAUUAUUGCCUUACCACCCGCGCCAAACGUAACAUUAUGAAACCCAUUGAUGGCCUCAGCUCGCAACUUCUUGAAGUUGUCACUUCAAAAAACGAUGCCUCGUUGACCCUCUGCAUAGUAAACUUAUACUGCAAAUAGGCUUUUAAAACUCUUAUGUUAAAAGUCUAGAAUAAACAGUGAAAUUAUUUUCUAAUAAAAUUCAUUAGCUGCGUAUCGAAAAGUGUCCAAAACCUGAACCUGACAUCUUCGCAAAAAGUGAUGCUUGUAAUGAAUGUGAGAAGCAUUUUAAAAGCUUAAAUUAAACUUGGAUGUUGUAGUCACGAUUGUGUUUUGAGCUAAUUUUAUGAAUGAACAAACUCAAAACAAUAGACGGAGAAGCCGUUUCUUGAAAAUUUUUAUUCAAAGUCCAAAAAGUUAAUCCUUUAAAGCAAGUCGGAAAACAGUAUCUGGAUCGUGGAUCCGUUCACAAGUAAAAUCGGCUAAGCACGUGGCAAAAUUCAACACAAAAUCCAUCUCAAAUCAGGGCACAUUUUGUAAUUUUUCUUUAGCGCCGAAGACAAAAAUUUAUAAAAUGUCUAUGAAACAUUUAAAAAUACAUAAAUUCGCUUUCAAAAACGUAAUUGUCUUGGCCAUAGAGUGCAAAAUGUACCUGAAAAUUCAGCAAAAAACUUCGCUGACUUGUUGGUUGCAUUUCAAAACAGACCAUGGGCUCCGCCGUGAAGAAAACAAGGUUGAAUUCCUCAAAGGACGGUUUCUUGAUCAAAAGCUUCCCUUUCUCCACAAAAAGAAAGCUGAUCAUUCUUUUGAACUUUCUCUUUCCGUUUUUUGUCUUUUAACGGUAUAUUUUUUAACUUUGAAAUACAGAACUCUUGUCUUAAAACAUCUGCAUGGUGAUCGCGCAGCAGCCAUUUUGUUGAAACUGGAUAUCCGUCACUAAGGUUUCCAAAUAUGAUAAAAGUGAAUAUUCACGAGCAUUGAACGCGAGUUACACGUUUCAACCCCUUGUGGGUUUCUGGUAAAAGACAAUGAUAUUUAAAUUGAUGCCUCGUUAAUGUGAGAGCAAGCUCUCUCCUGUGCAAAGAAGAGUAUUGCUACACAUAAAUUUUAAUCUUUCAUUUUUAAAAUAAUUUUUCUGUACUUAUAGCUUGAGAAGCUAGAUACAGAUUUGAAAAACUAUAAGAGCAACUCCAUCAAGGAAAGUAUCAGGUAAUUAUAAAAUAAAUACAUUUUAUUAUUAAAUUACUAAUACAGUGUACAUGUGUUUUAUUGAUUUCAGGUAAAAAGUGAUUUAAACUAGCUCUACCUUAAUUUUCUUUUGUCCCAUAAUUUGUAAUAAGUGUUUCCUAAAAUGCACAGUAAUUGCAUAAGUCAUUGCAGUCAUUUUAUUAUCACAAUUUCUAUCACUUCAUUAUUUUAUUAUUUUAUCCUAAUUCAAGGAACUUUAUGUUUGCAUAAUUACCUUUUGUUAAAUUUCUUCUUCUUUUAGACGUGGGCAUGAUGAUCUUGGGGACCACUUCUUUGAGUGCGGAGACUUAAAGUUAGUUACAAAAAACAAAGAAAACGUAAUCGUAGUUAUCAAAAUGAUAAUUUUUAACAUGAAUACGCAGAGGUAUUAAAAUUUUGUUUCUUUUUGCCAUUCUAGAGUCAUCUGACCUAGAAAACUAUUGUGAUUUGAUCUCCAAACUUAAUAAAUGUAACUUCCCAAAUAAUAUUUGGAGGUCAAAGUUUUUCUUAAUAUCUGACUAUAAUAUUAAAACUUCAGCAUAUUACCACAGGCGGGCCAGACGUAGUAUGUGUCACUGAAUAAAUGUAUAAAUAUUCACAUGGACAAAUAAUUUGUCCAUUAAUUAUUAAUGCUAUGAGUCGUCGAAACUCCAAUGAACUAAAAUAGUCCAAAAGUCAAAAUAUAACAAAACAAAGCUAAGAUACAUUUAACUGAACGUAUCCUUGUCUUUCCUGGCCGGUUAAAGUGGCAUUUUGUUGAGUUUUGCAUGUUCUUUAGUGGAUAGUACCUACAAUAAUUGCAAAACUCAACAAAAUGCCACUUUAACCGGCCAGGAAAGACAAGCAUACGUUCAGUUAAAGGUAUCUUAGCUUUAUUUUGUUAUAUUUUGACUUUUGGACUAUUUUAGUUCAUUGCAAUUUCGACGACUCAUCGCAUUAAUUUGUCCAUGAGAACAUUAAUAUAAAUUAUUCAUUCAGUGACACAUACUAUGUCUGGGCCGCCUGUGAUAUUAGAUGCAAGUUAGUUACUUUAUUUAACCAGAGUAUCAGAUUCAGCUGCAAGGCUGGUUUCCAAGGGAGCCCUGGUGAAAAAAGAUGUGUACAAUUUGUUUAGAUAGUUGAAAGGAAAAAAUUCUUAGGGUAAAAUAAAAAAGAAUCUCAAGAAACCUUAAUCAGUAUUUGCUGGAUUAGAAUUACAAUAUUAUUAUAUAAUGAAAGUCUAGUUACAGAGUAAGUCAAUAAACAAAGUGUGUGUUGAACAAUAGGGAAUAAACGCUAUAAGGUUUCAUAUUUUGAAACUGUCUUUGUUUUGUUGUCCACUUUAAACAGCAAUGCACUGAAGUGUUACUCCAGAGCAAGAGACUACUGUAUGAGUGCAAAACAAGUUGUUAAUAUGUGUGUUAAUGUAAUCAAGGUAAGCAUAAUUUCUUACUAACAUGUUAUACAGAAAGUUUAUCUAUUUUAUUUUUCCAUAGGAGUUUGAGUGGUAGACCUAAUGUAUUAGUGUUCAGUUAAAAGUGCAAAUUACUUAAGUUCAAGGAAAGUAAUUUGCCAGUAUUGCUUCUCUAUCUGGCAGCAAUGCUGGGUCAAUACAGUCAGCACCAUGUCAGUGGACUGGUGCCCAGGGUUCCCAGGCCCUCUCUUCUUUCCAUUCCCUGCAGUGGUAGAAGAAUGUAGAAUUAUUAUCUUUGGUUUGUACUUGGCAGGUCAGCAUUCAUUUGGGCAACUGGUCACAUGUGUUAAAUUAUGUCAACAAGGCUGAAAAUACUUCUGAAUUGGCUGAGGUAAGUACAUUCUAUCAGCUGGUUAUAGCUGAUACAACAGGCAGGCAGCAUGUUCCAAAGCAAAUGGAGGCAUCAACCACUGCAGUAGGCAAUAAUAAGUUGGUGGAAAUAGGAUGACAACGGUCUGUUCUGUCAUUUCAAUGUAUUUAAUGCAUAUUUUUCUAUCUACUUGUGUAAUACAUGCUGUAAGCUAUGAUUUAAGUUAUAAUAAUGAUAAUUAUUUAUUCAAUUUAUCUUCAGCAACUUUUUUCUGAUUUUUUCGUAUUUACAUUGUUUUAUGUAUUUAUUUAAUAUUAAUUUUGUGCUUGUUUAUGUCACUUUACUUUUUUGACAAAGUUAUAUCAAGUUUGUUGUGUCAUACAUUAUUCACAGCAAAAAGACAGACGUCCAAACUUGGUGACCCUCACAAGGCUGAAAUGUGCAGCAGGUAUCACAUAACUUAGAAAUCAUCUAUUUUUAUGUACUUUGUUUAGUCAGAACACGCUUGUAUCUGUUUAGAUGCCCAGUGCCAUUCUCAUGUUGAAAGUGCAAAUGUAAGCUAAGUAUGGCAGUCAUAUUGUGUUCUUGGGACAAGGAAAGGUUCGGUGUAGUGAUAAUUUUUCUACUCUAAAAGGCUAACAGUGGUCCCCACAUUUUUCUCACUCAUGGAGCUUGUGAACGCAGAGGAGUCACGACCGGGAAUACUCAUGCGUCUGUGUUCACAAGCUACGAGGAUAGUUUGGCCAGCAUAAAGUACAAACAAGCAUAAAAAAUUUAGCACGCAAGGAAGGUGACAUGCGCAGGUGGCGAUUUUCACCCGCGCGCACUUGAGUAUUUUGCUCGCUCCAGAUUCCUUGAGAAAAAUUAGGGACUACUCGUAAUGACGUACUCAAAUAGACCCGCCCAAAACAGAGUCAGGAGAGAGGUUCAAAGACAGGAUUCAAAAAUAGUUUGAGACCAACUGCAUCAGUGACCUUUUAGCUCCACCAUGUAUUGUUAUCUCGAUUCACCAAGAUAGAUACUUAGAAAAAUAAAUAAAUAAAUAAACUUUAAAUCUUCCAAGCCAACAUACGACUUUCCUUUUCUGUGUUUUGAUAUUGUUAUAUAGUACAAUGAUUUGUAUCCGUAGGUCUGGCUGAACUUGCUACCAGAAAAUACAAACCAGCUGCCAAGAAUUUCUUGCAGGCAUCCUUUGACAACUGUGAAUGCCCUGAGGUCAGUGAAAUACGCUAUAUCAUGAGAACAUACAUUUGCUGCUACGCGAUUCUCGUCUCGCGGGAAACUAGACGCGACUGAUAACUUACUUUUGAGCGGUACUGUAGUGCUUACAGACCACAAGUAGUCCCUUCUAUUUCUCUCAGGGCUGGAUAUCAGAGUAAACGAGAACCGGAAAGCACGGGCCGGGAAUGGCCUCCCUCCUAAGAGGUGCUAAAAGUCCGGGCAGUCAGUACUUUCCCGCGCUUCUUGCUCUACUUCAGUUCCCUGAGAAAAGAUUUGGGACAUCUAUAUCUUUUCGUUGCUGUCUAUAUAGCGAUAGUUGUAACGUUUCAGUAAUAAUGUUGAUAAAUACCUAGCCUCAGGGGCACCCAACGGCAAUUUUCGGGAAAAUAUCUGUUCGGAAGACGAUUUGAGAACUAGAAUUUUCGGAACAUUUGUUGUAAAAUUUCUUGCUUGCCUGCCUCUCCUAGGAUUUUCGAACAUCUACAAAAUGGUAUAAUUACCCAUUUUAAACGGAUAUUUACCCUAAAAAAGGCCACCUAGAAUUUUCGGGAGCCUUUUCGUGGCUGAAAUUUUCGAAAAGGUAAGUUUUGAUCCCUAUAAUUUUCGGAUCACUAGACUUUCAGCUAGGAAAUCCGAACAGAUGAAAAGUUUUUAGGGGAUAAAAAUAUGCCUAUAUCUACCGUUUAAAUACUAAAAUACGUUCAACAAUGCUAUGUUAAGCGGUUUUGAACUAUAUCCUCGUUGGGUGCCCCUGUAGCCUGCGAAUAUCCAGCCCGUCGUUACGACAUCUAUUUUAUUUGUCAACGCCGGACUCUGGUGGUUUCGCGAAACAUGAUCUUGUAAAUUUUGGUCUAAAAGCGUAAUCCAGUGAUGUCUAAUGUAUUUUACACUUAGAUUGGUGAAAUUAUAAUACCGUUUUUAGUUACGUGAUGUGUAGGUCAGAAACAAAUAAACUUUCUCUCCGGCUUUUUUUGAAUGGUAUAUAUAAAUCCAUCGCUGACUUUUCUAGGUUUGUCCAGCUGUAUAUUGAGGGGUACUGGCAUGUUUAACCUUCAUUCAACAGAUUAUUUCUCCAAAUAAUGUCGCUGUUUAUGGAGGACUUUGUGCCCUUGCUUCGUUCGACAGACAAGAGCUUCAAAAGAAAGUCUUAUCCAGCAGGUAUAAUGUAGUACUGACUGACCUAUGUUUUGUUCCAACAUCAGUUACAAUUUUAGUAAGAAAGACAUACAGUAUCACAUACUAUAAGGUCUAGGAUCAGCGAAAAGGCUGGGAUUUUAACUGUGUUACGAAUCACUUUUUUAAUGAUAAAGAGGAACAACAUGCCAGUCUCUGUUUUUCCUUGUCUUCCAAUUUUCGGGUUACAGCCUUAAGUGUUUUUUUGUGGGAAUGAGUCAGCAUAUUGCAAAUUUGCUUUUUUUCAGAAGGUUUGUCUGUUUGUUCCCAAGUUAAGAACUGAAGACAGUAGUUUUGUUGGUGUAUUUUUAGUUCCUUUAAGCUGUUCUUGGAGCUGGAGCCACAGUUAAGAGAUGUGUUGUACAAGUUUCAUGAGUCACAAUAUGCAGCUUGUCUAAAACUACUGGACGAAAUGAAGGUACGUCUGAAUUAACUUGAAGCUUUCAUUGUCCAAAUUAUUAUGGUCAGAAACAACCCGUUCACAAAUUUUCCAACGUAUAAUUAAGCAAACAAAUUGCGAGAGGCCAGCGAAAUGAUUACUUCAGAUGAAUUUACCUUUUUUAAGGUGAUUUAUGUACAAAUCAUGGAUAAAUGCUGGUUUUGACUAGCGACUGAGUUGGAGUCUUAUUAGAAGCGUGUAGAGUCGUGAUCUACUGCAAAUUGUUGAAGUUGCAAGCAAACGUGGACGAACUAAACCAAUCACAAUGCAUGGGAACGAGCAUUUUGAUUGGUUUAGUUAUUCUUCUUCUACCUGGGACUCUGACAAUCUAGUUUUUACUGGAUCAUAAGCGACAGAUUAAGGGGAAUUGUGAUACAAUAGUGAGUGGUAUCGGUGAAGACAUUCUUUUGAUUAGUGUCACAAAUAAUGUGAGAAAACCAGGGGAGAGAAUUGUACAGAGUAAGUAGUAGUGAACAGUCACGUGUUCGAAUUCGUCAGUCACGAUAUUCACCCGAUGUGAUUAGAAUUAUACGAAGUAGUACCAUCUGUGAAACGCGGAAAAACGGAGUGUGAAUUUUGAACGUAACGGAAAUAUUCGCCUUAGUCGUGAAGUAUUUUUGUGAUUCUCUCCAGUUGUUCUCGUUUGGCCGUGUUCUUACAGCCCGCGGUGCACUGUGCAGCAGGCGUUUUUAUAAAGGUUAUGGUGUAACGAGCGAUCUCCUACUCUCCCCGGUCUCUCUCGACUUUCAAAAUCGUAGCGACUUCAGGGACUACAGGGCGAAGCCGAGCGCUUGCUUGCCCGAAAAAUACACCUUGUGCUAGUCUUUGAAAAGAUCAGGACAGAUGUCAAAAUCGUGAUUUUUAUUAUCCCGAUCGUAUGUUGGUCGGGACUCGGUAUUUCCAAUCAAAUACCGGGAGAAUCCCGACAAGAUCAGGAUGGUUGGACACCUCUUUUUGUCGAGUAGUAACUUGAAUCUUUGUUAAUAUUUUUUCUUACUUCACAGGACAACUUCAUGUUGGACAUGUAUCUUGCGCCACAUAUCAACACGUUAUACAGUCAAAUCAGAAACAGAGCUUUGGUGCAGGUACCCUAGCAUUUUGAUGUUUCGUUUGCUCAGUGCUUCUUGGUUCCAUUUUUGUUAGCAGUUUUGAACCUUACCUUGCGGGGCACUUUGCAAGAAACCCUGAUACGGAGACAGAAUUUCUUCGCCUCUCAUUUUGACUUGUUCACAUUUUGAGAACGUUCUCUGAAAAUUGUUAUACGAAACGCGAAAAAUUACGAAUCGUUUAAUCAGUUUCCUUGGAGGUAACAGUCGGUUUGCCGAAAGCCCGGAUUCUGUUAAAAGAAAGUCAGGAUAUGUUUGCCUGGCGGAGGCUUUAAUCAUUUUAAAGGGCUGAAAAUCUUGCAGUGAUUGAUUUCAAAGCCAACAGUAUUACGGUAUGUGUUUGUACAGGGGCACCCAACGCCUGUUUUCUGUAAAAUAUCUUGCUCGGAGAAGCAAAUAUUGCCUAGAAUUUUCUAAUACUUAAGGACAGUUAAAACUUUCUAGAUGACCGUUCCGUUCAUGUAUCGUUUUCGAAGCUUAUCUAAUAAAUUCCCUACGAUUUUGUGAAGUUUAAUUUUCACAUUUUUUCCCCCAAGUUAGGAUAUUUUUCGUAGAAAAAAGGAAAAAAAAAAUUCCCAAGCGAGGUUAAGAAGUUCUUCUAAAAAUGGUGCUAACUGGAAAAUUAGGCUACUCGGGUUCUUAAACAGGUUUUUAUUUUUUAAAAAUAAAUAAGGUACAUACAUACAUACAUAUACAUACACUUUAUUGAUGCUCCCUAAGUGGGCUUUUCAGCUCAAUAGAAUAAAAAAAAUACAAAUAUAUAAAUUAAUUGAGAAUGUAAAUACAAUAAUAUUAUAAUUACAAAAUAUAUAUCAAUAAUAUAAUAUAUCAACUUAAUAAAACAUUUGCAAGAUGACGUCUAAAAUUCCUGGGGCAUUUUAAGGACUUAAUGUUAUCAUUCAAGGAGUUCCAGAGUUUGGCUCCUCUGAAAGCAAAGGAGCGCUGCCCUGUUGACAGGCGACAUACAGGUAUAUCCAAAGCACCAGAUGAUCGAGUUUGUCUAUUAUGGACUUGAGAACGUGAUUUAAACAUAUCAGCAAGAUAGUCUGGAACAAGCUUGUUAAUACAUUUGUGCAUCAUAGUAGCGUCAUUUAGAAUGAGUUUCUCUCUAAUAGGAAGCCAUUUCAACGAUCGCAACCCAUCCGAAAUAUGGUCAUACUUUCUUAGUCCCAGAAUAAUUCGCCCAGCAAAGUUUUGGACUUUUUGUAACUUGUCAAUAUUGCUGCUGCUGGUAUUACUCCAGACAGUUGAACAAUAUUGGAGUUUACUAAAGACAAAUGAAUUUAUUACUAACAGAAGUGUUUUCCUAUCCAGGAGGUGCUUGAUUCUGUUAAUUUGGUACAAUUUAAAAAGGCAUUUAGAGGCAAUCUCAGUGAUAUGUUUGUUAUAACUGAGGCGUGUGUCGAGAAGAACACCCAAGUCCUUAACGACAGGCACAAGUGUUAUUUCCUUGUCAAAAAGUGUUAUACUGAAUGAUGACAGUUUCUUUAAAAGUUGUGGUAAUCCAACAGCUAGAACCUUAGUUGAUUGUCAUUGGUGGGUGUGGCCUAUUUCGGGCCUAUUAGUAUUUUUGGUAUUGCAUGCAUAAUGUUGUAAAAAUCCCUUUAAUCCAAGCCAUUUAUGAAGUUUAUACAAAGCUAUGUAGGUUAAACAGAACAAAAACAACAUCGAAACAUGAUACUGUGUGUUGCUGCUGGGCCAAACAUGGUACUGGAUUUCUCAAAAUAAGAACCUGUUUCAAAAUUGUUGGCUUAAACAGGUUCUUAUUUAAUAGAGUUCUACAUGGAAAAUCUUAGCCUAACAGGUUCUUAAAAUCUAGGUUUUUACUGUACUCUGGAUAGCCUAAAAAGUGUUUUCAAGAUGUAUUUAGGAUGAAACCUGUCGAUAGGUGCCCCUGUUUAUAGUAUUUAUUCCUUUUUAGUACUUCAGUCCUUAUGUGUCAGCGGACAUGGAGAAGAUGGCGCAUGCGUUCAACACAACAGUGUCAAACUUGGAAGACGAACUGUCAAACUUGAUACUUGAGGGUCAAAUACAGGCCAGAAUUGACUCACAUAACAAGGUAUAAUCGUGUUACUAUAUGUUCUGUCAGAAACCCAGAUUUUGUCUUUACCUUUUAUAUUUUAUGUAUUGCUGGCGAGACUUAUGCGAGCCAGCACACUGUUCUCUACAAUGGGGGGGGGAAGCGGCAUUUACCUCGUGUAUCGGACAUAGAUGACGUAAAACAAAACAACAAAAACCAUGAAACAAUACCAAGCAUAUUUUUCCCUGAACAGAAAACAAAGAGGUCUUUUGUUUUACGUCAUCUGUGUCCGGUACACGAAGUUCUGACGGAAAAGCCAAAAUUUGUCGGAUGUAAGAUCAGAGGCAUGCGCAGUUGAUUAGUUUUCUUAUUAUUUGGGGUAUUCACUCCUUUGCAAUGACGCACGUGGACGAGAGAUUUUUAUUUUCUAGAUUUCUCUCUUUGGUAGUGGAAGUAUUCAUUAAUGUCUCGAUCCAGAGCAUUUUAGUGAUGAAUCGCGAGGAUGACGAGAGAUUUAUAUGUGUUUGUGUGUUUGCUGGCUACUGGAGGUGCGAAGAUGUCGAUCAAAUCCUCCGUCAUGGAGAUUGUUUUCUCUCUGGGCACUCAGCAGAAAUGAUGUGCCAGGCAAAACUUUUUCUGUUCGGAGUAAACAGUCGAGUCUAGCUUGCUGGUCUCGGGAGAAAAGAGAAGAAAGGUGCGAGGCAAACCAGCUUUGCGUCUAAAGCGACUUCGGUACCAGAUGCAAUUAAUUGAAGUACUCUUCGCCCGUUGAGGCCUUAAAUUCGAUCGUUGUGUUAAAAUUUCUGCCCGUUGAGGUGAACAAUUUAGCUGAUAAUUUGACCAUGGGUCACAUUUUCCGUUGAGGCGAAAGAAAAGCUUGGAACUAUAUUGAUUUAAAAUGUGUAUCUCUCUUUGAAGCUAACCCCUGGCUAACCAUUCAACUAUAAAUGUUUUUGACUGUCGCGUCGGAAAGUGCCUGCCACCGUCGGGUCCAGUUGUUUUUAAACCUUCAAGUCAAAAGAAAACUUCUCGCACCUCCAUGGGCGAAUCGGCAAAAAUUGUUGUCAUACUAGAGUUGGCAGACACAAUAGUAUCUUGUCUUUUUCGGGAUCCAAGCACUUAACCGUUGGUGACCUUGAUGAAAUUAUUUCCAUAGGCAAGUAAAGAAAUCUAAAAAUAUGAAGAAGCAAUUACUAAAAACUCAGGCCUCGUCAAUUAUCUGCUUGCGCUUUGGAAAUUUACUCGAUCUUUUAAAAAGGCUUACUUACCCUAAAUCCCAGGGGUCAUUUUCAUUUUCUUCACUUUAUUUACUUUCAAACUGUUUACUCCGCAUUGCCUUCCAACUCUGACGCCAGCACUUACUUUCAAAUUGAAACUCCUAGCUUAUUUAUAUAUUUAUUUAUUUAUUUUCAUACAUCGUUAUUAUUCAUUCAUUGUAACAAACAUUUUUUCGGAAAUUUUUAAGAAAAUAGCUUUUUAUAAGAAACUUGAUUGUAUCACAAAACUCCUUUGUUCAAUUCUUUCUUGAGGCUUUUACUCACGGCAGUACGAUAUGGACAGGAUUUCUGCCAAAUUUCGUCAAAUUUUAAUGAGUAGGUUUUAUGUGUCAUCGUUAGUUUACAUUGUCUAUUAAAGGUCAAAUGAACCAAAAAUUCGACCUUCGGCCCACAAUGUGUUUGAAGUCACUGAACUUUGUCGCACUCGAGCUGAUAUUUUAAAACCCACGCUCGAUCGGACACUUCUAGCUUCGCAGAUCGCUAAAAUAUAAACAAAAUCCUCAAUGUAGAAGUUUUGACGUUGAUAUGUGGGCAGAAAAAGAGUUAAUCUUUAUCUAGUAAAUCUUCCCCAAGAUCGGUUUCGAAGCAACCAUAGGUUUUUAAACUUGAUCGUUUCGCGCAGAUUAAUUUUGCUUUGAGUUGUCAAGUUGAACAUGUAUAACACCUGUUAAAACCCAACGCGUAAGUAAGAUUUGCUUCAAACAAAUUUAAAGUUACAUAAUUGCAAAAACGUCUUUGGAGUUAUGUAUAAGAUUUAAUUACCGAUUGAGGUCACUUUAAGGACCAUAGACGCCACUUAAAGCUGGCAAAGAGAUACGACAAGCAAAGAACAAUUCCAUCAUGCAUAAAAUUCAGCUUAAGUGAACUAAAAAAAGCUUCAAUAAGGUUGUAAAACAACAAAUUUUCAUUAAAAAAACAUAAGGCUUAAGGCUCUUAUAGCUGCUAACAAAGAAGAAGUAUAUUUUCUGUACCGAAACAACCUACCUAAAGAUCUUAAAAACAAAAGAUCAGUUGCAAGCUUCGCAGCCAAGCCAUGAUGCCGACUACUUAGCUAGAUUAGCUAUUUUUAAUAACUGGUCUAUGCGAGGGUCUUCAUUCAAGCAAAUUACACUUAGCAAACUGAAUCUUUAGAAAAUACAGAAAACUGCACAUAUGGAUUUGUUUUGCUCGCUUCAGUCAAAUCCAGCUUCAGCAAUUGUUUACGGGCAAAGAGUCAAUUGUGUUGGAGUCACUGCCGGCAGUUGUCGUUCUCCGCUACGUCACAGCGAGUGAAAGGAAAAUUUGCGUACAGAGAGAUAACGAAAUUAUGGAAUUAAAACUGAGAAAACUAAAAGAAAAAACUCUGACUAUUAUUACUUGAGCAACAGAAAAAUAAUCGAAGUAGUUUCUUCUCGAGUAAGCUUGCUGGCCUUCUAAAAAUUAAUUCACAAAUCGAAUGCACAAUUAUCAGAAAAAUACAAACCUCUUUGGAAGUGUUCAAAACGUUUAAUAUUCCUCCUCAGACUGACGGAUGAUCUGUUUUUACUCUAACAUUGGUUGUUCUGAAUCCAAAGUAAUUUUCACGUGACGAAAAAACAACAACAACAAAAACAAAAACAAAAAGCCUUUACAAGGAGAAAACGUUCGCACCUUGUGUAUUUCAUUCAGUCUCAGUACUGAGAACUCUCACAGAACUCGACAAACAAACGCAGGCGAUAAGGGAUGCGCAGAAGCUUGCGCAGAGCGUUUUUCCGCCCUAAAAGACCAACAAUGACGUCACGUACUCUCCAGUCUAUCACGCGGUCAUUUCAGAAACGCUUUUAUCUUUCUAUAAAGGCUUGGGAAGAAAAAUCUUUACCCAAAUCUCACUUAUGAUGGUUCUUUGUAGUGUUUGGUGAAGGUAAAGUGACAAAAGAAAAUAUGUCAAUUUUUUGGUUCAAAGUACGCAUGCUUAACACUUGUGCGCGCGCUGAGAUCACGUGCUAUGUCUACACUUUUUUUAACAUAUUAAUUCUUCUUGUUGGCCUCCACAAUUGUAGGUGCUAUUUGCGCGAAACGUGGAUCAACGAAGUGUAACGUUUGAAAAAGCGUUGGAAAUGGGGAAGGAAUACCACAAGAGGACAAAGGUUAGUUCAUCUCGGCAGCUAAAGUGAAGUUCGCACAGGUGUGCCACUUAGGACAGUCAGUUGACACACACACACACACACACUAUACUUUAUUUCAUGCACAUCAUUUUGCUAUCUCCAACCGCAAAUAGCAAAAGCUAGACGAGGUGGGCGGAGAGGAAAGGUUUCAGCAGUCAUAACAGAUAAUAUAAUAAUUGUAAAGUAACUAAAUAAACUAUCUGGAUAAAUAAGAAUUACUGAAAAACAAGCUAAAGUUACAAAAUAUAUAGUCUUACAGAAUGAUAUUACAAUCAAAUUUACUACUAAUAGAACCUAUCGAUUAUUAGUACAUUGAGUCGAGGAUGCAGAAUUUGACUCUGAAGUUGAGAAAUAGUAUACCAGGAUCUGGAAGGUAUCACUUACUUGUUGGGAAAAGUAACAACUGUUGAAACUAAUACGCUUUUGAAUUGAAAUAUAUGAAAUGAAUCAUAUUUUGAACUGCGGAUAAAGUUAUUUCAACCGCAUAGUUAGGUUGUUCAUUCUACUACGACGAUCAUUUUCAUUUUCCUCAUUGUUUGCUUUUAUCUUGUUUUAGGCUUUAAUUCUCCGUGGAGCCAUCCUGCGUAACCAAAUCGUCGUCAAAGUAAGUUUUCUUUAACUACAACCUAGAAAUAAACAAAAAGAAAGAAAGAAAGCGACAACAACAACAGCCAGAGAUAAUAUCACAUUUUGUUCGGGAAGGGGAGUGAUGUGUGUGUUCCAGGGAAGGAGCUCGUUAGCCGUAAACCGGCCAUGUGAAGUUUAGUGGGGAAUUGUUAGAACAAGUGCUUAUGCUGGCGUGGAUCAGUCAUGCCCUCCUCAUAGCUCAUGUAAAAAGCGCUGAUUGCAACGCAUAAGCAUACUUAGGGAAGGAAAUUAAUCGUUAAAUGACCAAAACAUGAAUCUGUAACUGUAAAAACCAGCAUUUAGGCCAUCCGCUUUGUCCGUACGCACUUAUUAAAUACAAAAGCACUCUUGCGGGUUCAAUUUUGUCUUUACUCGGUCUAAACUUCAAAGCAUUUGUUGAGGCACCUGUUUUUGUCAGGGACCAAGUGAAAAUAAUUUUUCCUUUUUUGAACAUGGGAACGUUAACAAGCUUUUUCGUUUGUAUUCUUAGAGCCCUCCUCGAGAAUCCAGCUCUGGAGAUGUGUCUAUGCCGGUUGCGAGAUAAACAGCGUUCAGUACCAUGAAGAUCUUGUUAUCUUUAGAAUGCACGAGUACAAAAACAGGUUUUCGCCAAAGAGUCAAGGUGAAAGAUGUAAAGGCAAUGAGAGUGUUGCGAGGAUAAAAUAAGAACUCUUUGUGCAACUGUUCGGGUAUUAAGGGCUCGAAAAAAUGUCCCGUUCGGUCGUCCAGAGCAAGACGUAGAUUUUCUUGCUUUUUAAAGCUCACAUGCCCAGUAGGCAAGGGUUGCAGCAAUUCUUUUUAUAACUUAAGUAUUACCUAAGAAAUAUCAUCAAUAUCAAGAAAAAUUAGUAUCUCCAAAGGACAAGCUGGGAUUUUUUUCGAGUCCUGAGGUGUAAAAAACCAAUAUAAACUGUUUUUCAUCAGUGCUAGCUUGUAAAGCAUAGCACAAGAAAACAUAGAUGACGCUUGUUUAUAUUGAGGUAGUGGAUAAAACCGCUGUUGCGUUCUCUGUGGUUGUAGAAUUUGAACUGUCAUGAUUUACAAUAAACAUUUCUUUGAAAG